UGCAUUGCUUGUUUGUCACGCUAAUCCAAUUCGCCUUCAGAAAAUUUGUCUUUCACAACGUAUUCCCUAAGGAAUCCAAUUUUGUAGAAUCGAUUUGAUUACAUAAUCCGACAACAGGUUUGAUCUCAAGAACAAUUAUGAGAAUUCUUUUUUGUUUAUUAUUCGUCACGAUAACAGUGCUGGAGGCAGCCGUAGUGAAAAGGUACAACAAACGUUUCGCUGGAUUCAACGUUGCCGGAAUUGGUGGGACAGCCGGAUGUGUAGUCGUAGAUAAUAAACUGUUUGCUAACGGUUUCUUUCUUCGAGAACUAACCGCCGAAGAACAAAGAGAGCUUGCACAAUACGUCGAAGGAUCAAAUAAGUACAAAGAGGAACUCAAGACAUCAUUGGAAGAGAGACGCAAAGGAUGGCAGUUGGCGCGACAUAGCGAAAAAGGUUCAAAAAUUUUAUCAUCUCUGGCAGAAAAGAAUCUCCCCAAACCACCCAAAAAACCAUCUUUCUGCACUACUGUUGAUACUACUCAGUACUACUUCGAUGGCUGCAUGGUUCAGAAUAAUAAAAUAUAUGUGGGACGAACGCAUGUACGUGACUUGACGCCGGAAGAAGUAAAAGAGCUAAAGACGUUCGAUGCCAAAAUGACAGCCUAUCAAAAAUAUUUGUCUUCCUCCAUCCAAAAGCAAGUGGACAGUCUUUUCGGUGAUAAGACAAAUCUAUUGAGUUUAUUCACUGAAACACAUCUUGAGACAUCCUCGCAAACAUCGGAAGCUACAACUGUCUCGACGACAACGCAAGCACCACCUGAAGCACCAGAAACACCAAGUUUCUGUAUCGCAAUUUACUGAAACAGUUUGAAGCGGAGAAUGAAGAAUAAGCGACAUCGCUAAAAAUGAUGUUUAUUCGCUAAUGUUUUCGUGUAUAUGUGUGUGUGUGUGUGUGUGUGCGUGUGUAUUGCAUAUAAUAUUUCUGCAUUAUUUUAAUCAAAGUAACCCUGUUUUCUAUCCUUCAGGUUUAUCCAGCUCGUUCCAGUAAAAAGAUUAAUUUUAAGCGCUAAUUCGUAUUAACAGCUAUUUUUUGAUUAUUGAUAGCAGUUUUAAUUCCCACUACGUCUUAAUUUGAAUAGUUCCGUUUUUAAACUGUAAUAAAUAUUAUACACCCCUUUCAUCAUCGUUUACUGCAGACGCACCUCAUUUCGGCUAACAACGACAACUGGAGUAGAAAUUUAAUUCUGCCAUCUACUAACAACAGCAGCUGUUCAAGUAAAGGAAUAGUUCUAAUAACACAUGCUUUCGGGAAAGCUCUUGUAUUUUUUGUUGUUAUGGAUAUAGGUUUAUUCGAGUGGUAAUAUUGUACUCACACAAUGUUAUAAGUUAACAUUAGUAAGAAAAAAAAAUACACGAUAAAUUGGUAAGCUAUGACAAAAAUCAGUUGUACAAUAAACAAGCAAUAUGAUCAACUUUAACUAACAAAUUCCUUGCUGUUGCCUUCGAUAAUAUUUGAUUGUCGCUUUGUCAAAGUCAAAGCCCGUAUAAUUGAAUAAAUAUUCAUAAAUAAAUUUCUUUAAAUAAGAUUUGUACAUAGUAAACUGUAGGAAAGAUCUCAUGUAGAUUCAAUCAGAAGAGAGGGAUACGAUGAACUUCUAUUGGUCAGGAGCCAUACUGCGAAACUGUUCUGAAUAAAAACUAUUUCAACAGCUCAUAUUGCUUACCACACAUAAUUCGCCACCACUUCAUUGUAAAUGACACCUCCAUUUUACACAGCAAACACCAAAAAGAAUAACCGUCCUCCCAAAUGGUAAGCUAUAUCAGGACCAAUAAACGACCUUUCGACAAACAAAUUUUACAGCACCACCCGACCUUCUCCCAAGAAUCCACCUUUGCAUGACGUAUCAGGAACAACGAAACCCACUUAAACCCACAUAGUAAAACGAUGAGAACCAACCCACCUAACAUUCCGGCCCGCCACGGCAGACCAUCUGGACAAAAUAUGAAUCAUGCUUACCCUG